AUGUCUUUGAUACAACGCUUCGGCAAGGCUGCAUCCUCGGCCAUCACUUCAACUCGGCCUUAUUCCUCCACGCGAAUUCUACGAUUCCCAUACAAAGAUUCUCAAGAUCGCGAAAGUCUCCGACCAGAUGCAGCAGAGAAUACAGCGACCGCCCGCGACAGUGACAUAGCUGAACAACAUCCCGAAACCUCCUUCGAUCCAAAAACAACGUCGCCCGAGGGCGAAUUUCAGGUCGCUGGGAAGGGGAGCAAGGAUGGGAAUCCACUUGAGGCCAGCGGUGCAAAUCAGCCGUUGAGCAGGCCCCAAGGUGAUGAGAAGACACCCAGCAAAAAAGGCCAUGGGAAGGAAACCUCCAAGACGGGGAAGCCCAGCAGAGUCUCGGGUGCUCCUAAGCAUGGGAAACCUGGACAGCCUGGGCGAUAG